ACUUUCAUAUUCCACAACUCCUCGGCGUCGUCUCUGUCCCUCACGAACUCGUUGGCUUUGUCUUCCUCUGGGUCAGCCUUGGAAUCUGGUUGCUCUCGGUCUCGCCUCUCGCAGAGGCAGUCUCCGUUCCCUCUUCGUCUCUCCCUCUCCGUCGGACCCGGACGUCCUCCCUCUCGCUUCUCCCUUUACGUCUCCAUUGUUUCUCGGCGAGUCAGUUUCUCAGUGUGUUUGGAAGAUUGUGGAAGUCUGGAAGAUUAUUCUCGGUGCGUUUCUCCAGUCUCUGAUCUCCGUCUCCCACUUAGGCCCUCGGUUGACUCACGCUUAAGCCUUCAGAUUUUUCUUCUUGUAAGGAUGCAAGGAUCUUCUUCCCUUAAAAGAAAACGGCCAGAUGGUGUUGCUUCAUUAGAGUCUCUCACAAAAGAAGAGCAUGCCCUUUAUAAUGUCAUCCGAAGCAGAAAAGACAUGGGAAUCUGGAGUAAAGACCUGAAACAAGAAACUAAUCUCCCUGACACUGUGGUUAAAAGGGCCCUUACUUCGCUUCAACAGAAGAAACUCGUAAAGGAGGUCGUAAAUUGCCAUAACAAAGCAAAGAAGCACUACAUGGCUUCUGAGUUCGAACCGUCCAAGGAAAUAACAGGUGGGGAUUGGUACAGCGAUGGGAAUCUUGAUACAGAAUUCAUAGGGGUAGUAAAGAAAGUUUGUUUGAGGCACAUUCUUGCGCAAAAUGUUGCCACACUCGAUGGAAUUCUGGAGUGGAUUAAAAAGGGCAAGUUCUUUAGUGUUGAUUUGUCAUCACAUCAAAUCGAACAGAUUCUACGAGCUUUGGUUCUGGACGAUGAGAUCGUCGAAAUGAAGAGCACUGGCUUUGGAGAUUUUUCUUCUGUUCCUGUAGGUAGGGUUUGUUAUCGAUGCAAGAAGAAGAAUAAGGGGGAACCAAAAAUUGGUGCCAUGGCUUCUAUUCCAUGUGGAGUUUGUCCAAGAAUAAGCGCUUGUACACCAGAAGGCAUCAUUUCUCCCAAAACUUGUGUCUAUUACCAGAAAUGGCUGGACUUUUAAAUGUGAGUCAAAGAUCAUUUAUUCCUUUUUGUCUGAUAACAUGAGACUGGCUAUACUCAUUGCUUUGGAUGAACUACUUUUUUUUUGAAGUAGAUUGAAGAUGUAAAGUUAUUUUUUUAGAUUGAAUUUUGAUUAGCAACUCUACUGAUAUGUUAAUAUAUACGCAAAAUGAAUUCACAAUUUUUUCAGCAAAAUGAUUAUUACCGUUUACAUA